CUUUUGAAGUUGGAAAGAAGUUAUAAAAGAGGGUGUGGUCAGAUUGUAAGCAUUUGCAGCAUUUGUUAACAAUGGAGGGAAUGAAGAGUAAGAUAGUUGUAUUUGGAGGAACUGGUUAUAUUGGGAAGUACUUGGUGAAGGCAAGUGUUUCUUUAGGACAUCCAACUUUUGUGUAUACUCGUUCUCUUAAUUCACAAACUUCUUCUUCAAAGAUACAACUUUGCAAGGAGUUCAGCCACAUGGGAGUUACCCUUGUCCAAGGAGAACUUGAGCAUGAGCAGAUUUUGAAAGUGAUUGAAAAGGUAGACAUUGUGAUAUGUGCACUUCCAUACCCUCAAGUGAUGGAGCAACUCAAAAUCAUAGAAGCUAUCAAAGUUGCUGGUAAUAUUAAGAGAUUUCUUCCAUCGGAUUUUGGGGUGGAAGAAGAUAGAGUAAACCCUCUUCCUCCAUUUCAAGCUUUCCUUGAUAAGAAAAGAAAAAUUAGAAGGGAAAUUGAAGCAUCUAAUAUCCCUUUUACCUAUAUCUCUGCAAAUUGCUUUGGUGCAUACUUUGUUAAUUAUUUGAUUCGUCCUCACGAAGAAAACAAUCAUACUAUUGUUUAUGGCAAUGGUCAUGCCAAAGCUGUGCUAAACUAUGAAGAAGAUAUUGCCAUGUACUCCAUUAAAGUAGCAGAUGAUCCAAGAACAUGCAAUCGUGUUGUUAUUUAUCGACCCUCUAAGAACAUUGUAUCACAAAAUGAUUUGAUAUCAUUGUGGGAACAGAAAACUGGAAAGAAUUUUAUCAAAGAAUUUGUAUCUGAGGAAGAGAUUAUCAAUCUAUCACGGACAUUACCUUCUCCACAUAAUAUUCCAGUUUCUAUUCUCCAUAGUGUGUUUGUUAAAGGAGACCUCAUGAACUUUGAGUUAGGGAAAGAUGAUCUCGAAGCUUCAGAGUUAUAUCCUGAUUACAACUAUACCUCCAUUGAUCAACUUCUUGAUAUUUUUCUUGUUCAUCCUUUGCCUCCUGCAUCUGCUGCUUUUGAAUGAACAUAUUUUAUACUACUCUAGUGCCUUGGAAUUUAGAAUCAAUUUAUUUAUGUUGUAUUCAAAUUUAAGAUUGUGUACAAUGACUCUCUCAUAGUUUGUGAGAUGUUUAGCAUGAUUUUAGUCCAAUAUCUUCAACAUUCGUUA